CAUCUCAUCAUUACCGCCAACGAUUCUUUCUCAUCGCAGUGAAUUAGCCACCCCAGUGUCGUUCAACAGACCCACCAAAAUUUGUCCAGUCUUCCUGUUUGUCAUUGGAGCCUUGCCUGGAGCCUGGAUCGUUGACACCUUGGCUGAGGGUUUUUCGGAGGUGUUGGGGCUCACAAUUUCGAUCAGCGUUCUGGAAUUCGCCAGUCUAGCAUUCUCCAUAAUACCUCAUCACUCAUCACAUACAUUCCUUCUUUUUCUAGUCUCUCCGGCACUAUGCUCCAAAUGGAUUUCCCCACUACCCUCUCUAACAGCCGUCUUCACAUGACAGCACCAGCACAGGCUGCCAACAGUGCCAAUGCUGGGCAGCAGCAAAUUCCGUUCAACCAACAACACGGGGCAGGAUACACUCAUCAGCUUGCCACAACUGAACGAAUCGAUCCUUGUGCUUUGCUCAAUACAUUUGGUAGCAAGAAGGCAAAGAAGCUGCUACCUCCCGACUUCCGACCCAGCAAUUACACAGUCUUAGUAGGUCGAACACGUGAAUGCCAAGAGCACGCUGGAAACAGACGUCUAAGGGCCAUCGUCAAUGCUCACUUGCAGCAGUACAACGAAGCCCCUGAUAAGCUUGAAAAGACUGCGAUUGUGACAGAAGUGUACAAUCAGGUGCGAGCGGCAACAGCGAUUGGGCACUUUGUCAAACUAGAAAAGGGAAGGUUCUACGAAGUGGGGGAACGUACAGCUCGCGAACGAAUCGGGGCCAUGUUCAGAGAUAGCCUGAGUUGCAAGUAUAAGUCAAGUGCCAAGAACAAGGUCGCAGCGAGGAUGGUGAAGAAGUCCAGUAGGACCAGUCAAGACAGCAAUGGCAGCAUGCGCAUGGCAGCUAACGCCGUCCAACAGUACUGGGAAGACCACUCCAGCAGUGCAACCACUGAAUCGGGGCCGGCAUUCGAGGACUUCUCAAAUAUUUUCGAUUGAAGGGGCCACUACGGUACAGCAACGCCAGCUUCAAUGCGCAUUACCACUAAACCCUGUCUAAUACGUUAACGAAUUGCAUCUUCUUUUAAUAAAACUUCUCAGUUCUGGUAA